CCAGAAGCCCCAAGAGGCUAUCAGUGGUCCAACUUCUGUGUGAGAUUUGGCUGUUGGCUGUGGUAAGGGGGCACGAAAAGCCUGAAACUGGAAAGCUUUCCCAGAAAUAUGCAGAGCAGGGAAGCUGUGCAGGGAAUUUGAACCAUUUAGAACAUGGCAACCAAGCAGACAGAACCGGUCACCACCAUUAGCCUUCGGAAGUUGAGCUUGGGGACCCCAGAGCCACAGCAGAAACAGUCAAAGACAUUCACCGUGGAAGAGGCUGUGGAGACCAUUGGAUUUGGACGUUUCCACAUUGCCCUGUUUCUGAUCAUGGGCAGCACUGGGGUUGCCGAGGCCAUGGAGAUCAUGUUAAUAGCGGUUGUGUCUCCUGUCAUCCGCUGUGAGUGGCAGCUGGAAAACUGGCAGGUGGCAUUAGUGACCACGAUGGUGUUUUUCGGCUACAUGGUAUUCAGCAUCCUCUUUGGCCUCCUGGCUGACAGAUAUGGCCGCUGGAAGAUUUUGCUCAUCUCAUUCCUGUGGGGAGCCUACUUCUCCUUGCUGACCUCUUUCUCUCCCUCGUACAUCUGGUUCGUCUUCCUGCGGACAAUGGUGGGCUGUGGUGUGUCUGGCCAUGCACAAGGGCUAAUCAUAAAGACUGAAUUUUUGCCUACAAAAUAUCGAGGCUAUAUGCUCCCCUUGUCUCAGGUUUUCUGGCUUGCUGGCUCGCUGCUUAUCAUUGGCCUGGCCUCUGUGGUCAUCCCCACCAUUGGGUGGCGUUGGCUCAUCCGCAUUGCCUCCAUUCCUGGCAUCAUCCUCAUCAUGGUCUUCAAGUUUAUUCCUGAAUCUGCUCGCUUCAAUGUCUCCACCGGGAACACUCAGGCUGCACUGGCCACACUGGAGCGCAUCGCCAAGAUAAACCGCUCGGUCAUGCCGGAGGGGAAGCUAGUGGAGCCUAUCCUGGAAAAAAGAGGAAGAUUUGCAGACCUAUUGCAUGCCAAAUAUUUACGGACCACGUUACAGAUCUGGGUCAUAUGGCUGGGAAUCUCCUUUGCCUACUACGGGGUCAUCCUGGCCAGCGCUGAGCUGCUGGAGCGGGACCUGGUCUGUGGUUCGCGGUCUGAGUCGGAGUCCGAGGUGGUGGUGACCAUGGGGGAUCCAGAGGGAAGCCAGAGCCCCUGCCACUGCCAUAUGUUUGCCCCCUCUGACUACCGGACCAUGAUUAUCAGCACCAUUGGUGAAAUUGCUCUGAAUCCUUUAAAUAUCCUGGGCAUUAAUUUCCUGGGCAGACGGCUGAGCCUUUCUAUCACCAUGGGAUGCACAGCUUUAUUCUUCCUUCUCCUCAAUAUUUGCACUUCAAGUGCUGGCCUCAUUGGCUUCCUCUUCAUGCUGAGGGCUUUGGUGGCAGCCAACUUCAACACCAUCUACAUUUACACUGCUGAGGUUUACCCCACGACGAUGCGCGCUUUGGGGAUGGGGACCAGUGGCUCCCUGUGUCGCAUUGGUGCAAUGGUGGCGCCAUUUAUAGCCCAGGUUCUUAUGAGCGCAUCAUUCCUGGGAGCCCUGUGUCUUUUCUCAUCUGUCUGUGUCGUAUGUGCCAUUUCUGCAUUUACUCUCCCCAUUGAAACCAAAGGACGGGCUCUACAGCAAAUUAAAUGAAGACUUGCAAACCUAUGUCUACCAGAGAAGAAAAAUGCAUUUUAUCUUCACAAAGAGCUGUGGCACAUCUUUAAGAUCCUGGUUUAAUUUUUAUGUUCUUGUAAUUAAAAAACUGUAUUUUUGAAAAAUAAGGCACAUGAGAAUGAGGUGGGUUAACUGUAUAUUGAUCUCUUCCCUGGGAGACAAUAUAUUGAGAACGUUUAUAAAAUAUACUUUAACAUUGGAAAGGUGUGUCUGUGGGAGAUGGGUAGCGGAAAGGUGGCUUUUCUUCUUUGAUGUCAAGACUGUUAACAUUCAUAUGAAUAAUAAAUCUCAGACAAAAUGCAUAUAUACUUGAUAUUCUCCCAUGAGGUUUAUAGCACAAGUUGGACUGAAAUUGUAUGGCUAAGACAUGAACUUGGGGGUGGUACCAUUAAGCCUUUCAAAACAACUAGAAUAGUCAUCAAAUUCACAAAUAAAAUUAGCAUAUUUAUUUAAAUUGUGGACUCAGUUUAU